AUUGUUUCAGAAAAAAUUACAUGGUACCUCAAUUCGACGAGUCGCCCAGAGAUCAAAUACGUACUCCAAAAGUAAUUCAAUAUGAAUAACACAAUGAACAUGGUGGAUGCGGAAAAUCGCGUAGUGUUGAACGUGGGAGGAAUUCGACAUGAAACCUACAAAGCUACGCUGAAGAAAAUUCCUGCCACUCGACUUUCUCGACUCACCGAAGCGUUGGCAAAUUACGAUCCCGUUCUUAACGAAUAUUUUUUUGACAGGCAUCCUGGAGUCUUCGCUCAAGUUCUGAAUUAUUACAGGACUGGAAAACUUCACUACCCUUCAGAUGUUUGUGGUCCUCUCUUUGAAGAGGAAUUAGAAUUUUGGGGCCUUGAUGCAAACCAAGUAGAACCCUGUUGUUGGAUGACAUACACCCAACAUAGAGACACCCAAGAAACUUUAGCUGUUUUAGAUAGGUUAGAUUUAGAUACUGAAAAACCGAGCGACGAAGAAAUAGCUAGGAAAUUUGGUUUUGAAGAUGCCUAUUUCAAGGGCAGAUUAUCAUGGUGGCAGUUAAUGAAACCUAAACUAUGGUCUCUAUUUGAUGAACCCUACUCGUCAACAGCGGCAAAAGUAAUAGGAGUUUUGUCAGUAUUUUUUAUCUGCGUGUCUAUUUUAUCGUUUUGCCUGAAAACCCAUCCCGACAUGAAAGUUCCAGUCAUCAGUAGGAUACUUGUGCGGACAGCGAACAAUUCGAGUGAUUAUGUUUUAGACAAAUCGGACACUGAUGCUCACAUAGCAUUUUUUUAUAUCGAGUGCUUUUGUAAUGCCUGGUUUACUUUCGAAAUUUUAAUCAGGUUUAUAGCAAGUCCAAACAAAUGCGACUUUAUCCGAUCGUCAGUUAACAUCAUUGACUACAUAGCAACUGCAAGCUUUUAUAUUGACUUGCUGUUGAGGCGAUUCGCAUCCCAUUUAGAAAAUGCCGACAUCAUGGAGUUCUUCUCUAUAAUCCGAAUUAUGAGGCUCUUCAAACUAACGAGGCAUUCCUCCGGACUGAAGAUUCUAAUACAGACUUUUAGAGCUUCAGCGAAAGAACUCACGCUACUGGUGUUUUUUCUUGUUUUAGGAAUUGUUAUAUUCGCCAGUUUAGUGUACUAUGCCGAAAGGAUACAAACGAACCCGGACAACGACUUUAAAAGCAUCCCUUUAGGACUAUGGUGGGCUCUAGUCACUAUGACUACAGUGGGCUAUGGGGAUAUGGUGCCCAAAACCUACAUUGGGAUGUUUGUGGGUGCCUUAUGUGCCUUGGCAGGUGUACUGACGAUAGCUUUACCAGUACCUGUGAUUGUAUCAAAUUUUGCUAUGUAUUAUAGUCAUACGCAGGCUCGAGCCAAACUACCGAAAAAACGACGUCGUGUUCUCCCAGUAGAGCCUACUAGAGGCCCAAGGAUACCAGGCCCUGUUAUGCCCGGGGCUGCCCCGGGCCUGGGCAAUGCAGCAGGACCGGUGGCAGCCCAAAACCGAAGAGUAAACGCAGUCAAAUCGAAUCAUCCGAGCAGAGAAAACCUGUUGGGCGCCCCUGUACCAAAAAUGGGUUAGUAUCAGAGUGGAGGUGUCA